AUAUUUUUGCCAAGUUCUUUUGAUACGCAACAUGGAGCACUGUGCUUACGUGUCGCAAUGAGGCACCCACACACUCAACAAGUCGUUUUCCAAAGCCUGGACAGCCAUGCCAGCGCAGCACACCGAGUCCCAAUGAAGAUUAGAAAACAACGCAAUGUGGGCGGACUAACACCUGCUCUGUCACUUUUCGAGGCUCGUCCUCGUGGGAACCGGCGUGAAGGUUAGCCCCAAAUUGUGAGAGAAUCUCCGGGCGCCGACGCCUAUAUAGUCGGCAGGCCAACCAUAGCCGUGGUGUGGACGACAUCUACUGCAAUUAGACGCCAAGUUCCCACGUCAGCACUGCCUUAGUGAAAGUUUCCAGACACGACAAUGGAACGCCGCGAAAUUUACCUGGCGAACAUUAGUAUCAUAGCAGGGCCGACAUGCAACAAGUCGACAUCGCUUCGCUCGGAGCCUCUGGGAAGGCCGGCGUUCUUGUAAUGGGAUCUCAGUACCCUCCAAUGAAGCACAUGCCACCACCGUGCAUGGGCAACCAGCACGAGAUCACAUUCACACGGAGGGAAGGCUGUACGUUGUCCACCUGCCUUUGCGUCACUCUGGCUGUCAUAUUCGUCACGCUUGGAGCCGCCGCGGGAAUCUACUACGGCAUUCAGUUCCUCGAAGGACAACGUACAACAGAGCGCGUUUACAAAGGGGCAUUCACUGUGACCGAAGGAGACAAGUUUAGCGAAAACCUAGUGAACAGCAUCACUGAUGAUUUCAUCAUGAAGGCUGACUUUUACAAAGUUAAGCUGGAUCAGCUCUUCAAUGCCAGCACUUAUCAGUCUGGGUUUAAGAAAUCGGAAAUUAUCGCAUUCAAUAAGAGACACAACCGAGAGCUAACGGUGCAUUUCAACGUCCACUUCGCUCCGAAUCGGAAAUACGUCGAUGCCGGCGACCUAUACUUCGUAUUCACGGACGAAGUUCUGCGGGGCAAAAUGGGAAUUUUCGACGGUCUCAAGAUUGACCCGGAGUCGAUCACAGUUCAAGAGAGAAGGCUUAUCACCGAUCCUUUGGCCGAACAGUGGACUCCCAAAAGGCAGUACCCCGGCUACCUGGCAGGACUCACGACGCAAGAACCGGUCGUCAUACCUCCGCGUCGAUGCGAACCUCUAUCUAUCGACCACUGCCGAGGAUUGCCCUACAACUUGACGUCUUACCCCAAUGCUGUUGGCCACAACACACCCAAAGAAGUUUACAAAGACCUGGUCGCUUACCGGCAGCUCGUCGACUCCGAGUGUUACCCACUUGCUGCAGAGUUUGUCUGCCAGUUACUGCAACCCGAAUGUGUGGACAACGAGAUGGUGACGCCAUGCAGAGACUUCUGUGAAGAAUUUUGGAGCGCGUGUCGGAAACUCUUGCCGAAGACUCUCGUCGGAAAGAUUGACUGCAACAAAUUCCCACUCUACAACGGGAAAAACAGCUGUAAGACAAAGCCCGGAUGUGCCAAUGAACUCAAGGCGAGAGGGAAGACCGUCAGGAUAUGUGAUGGCGUUGUCGAUUGUCCAGAUUUUUCGGACGAAACGUCCUGCGAUCACUGCGGAGCAGGGCUUCUACACUGUGGAGACAGACAGUGUAUCGACAUUACUCAAAGGUGUGACUCAAGGCUGGACUGCACAAACGGAGCUGAUGAGCAGAAUUGCUUAACUCUGGCAUCGAACUCGGACAUCAUCAGCACAUCACCAUUACUGCAUCCUCAUCAGGGCUACCUCAUGGCAAAUGAGAAGGGAAAAUACAAAAAAAUCUGCAUGGAUGACUUCAAUUCAACAUUGCCAUUAUUUCGCCGUGAUGUUAUACUAAAAAAUCUUGCUACAACAGCGUGUUCUAUCCUGAAUUUAGGACCUCCAUCGAGAAUGGAACUGCAUCAAGAUGGAAACAGUAGUGACGGAUACCUCCAGAUAGUCGAUCCACAAUCACCUGGACUAAGGUUUACGCCUUCUGAAUGCCGCACAAAGCUUGUUGUAUACCUACACUGCAGUAUUCAAGAAUGUGGAAAGUCCACUGCUACCCCUCCUCAGAAUCUCACAACCACGUACCUAACAAAGCCAGGACGUCAUGGAGAAUGGCCAUGGCACGUCAUGUUACAGAAGAACAACAAGCACUUCUGCGAUGGCACACUUAUAAACAACAGAUGGCUCUUGACAUCAAGUGUUUGUUUUGAAAGCCAAGAUGCUCAAGGAUGGACAGUUCGCCUUGGCUCCGUUAGGAAACUCUCCACGUCACCAUUUGACCUCUACCUGAAGGUCAUUCAGAUUGUUCACUCACCUAUGCUGAAUGCUCAUCUAUCCCUGGUGCGUAUAGAAAGCGAAAUCAGCGAGUCCCACUAUAUUAGGCCCAGCUGCCUGCCAGCGCCAAACCAAAGAGCAUCUGUAGGAGAAACAUGCGUUACGCUUGGCUAUGACUUGAAAGGUGACCAGAUGGAGCAGCUAAACCUCGAGAUUGUCACAUUUACGGAAUGUCAUAACUCAAGCCACCCAGGAACGGGUAGUACCAUUUGUGGCAGUCAGCUGGACGGCAGUCACAAUUCAAUAUGCAUGCACGAAUCCUUGCCAGGGCGGCCCCUAAUGUGUUGGAGAGGCGAUCGCUGGUACCUGUUUGGAGUAGGGAGUACAGCAAACACAUGCACUGAUCGCCCUAUCCCGCAGCAGUUUCACACCAUAUCGUCUCAUCUGCAGUGGAUUUCAACUGUUGUAGGAAACAAGAAGUCAUCCUAGUCUUCAAACAAAUCUGAUAAUUCCUGGUAUAUCGGCAGCAGCCCAGGUGUUUCAACAUUCCAAGAACUUUUCGACUCCUUCAUGGCAUUGAGUCCUCUGCUGCACAAGACUGCACACAGCACACACACACACACACGUAAACCUGUACAGAUGCACAUAACUUCAUUCAUACCACAUCUAGUCUUGUGCAGCCUGUUCAUAACUUUAAGCACAGAUAGUGUAUGUACAUAGGGGGGACACACAUCUGCACUGGUGGCAAGAGGGUACUCUGGCAUAGAGGCAGGGCUGUAGGAAAUUAUAUUCCACCUAGAGCUUGCAUACUUCCAAGAAGAAAUUCGUAUCAUUUUGCAUUUGACUUUUUUACAAAUUUAGAAAUGCAUGUUUUCUCAGAGUAUAGAGGUGUCACUGAUGGAUCAACUAAUGACAU